AUGCCUGCAGGCUUCGAAAAUUUCGACAACAAUGUUCAUCCCGGAAGCGACUUGGCCAAUCUCAUUGGAAUUGGGGAUACCAGCGAAUACUGCGACUUGCUUGACUCUAGUGAGUCUGUGGACUGGGCAAACAAAAUACAAGCAGGAAUUGCCCUUUCGUUCGAGGAUUACGUGGGGAAGGCCAACGUGUCAAUGGCGGAUGUGUUUGAUAAUGGAGCUUGGCUGGAUGAACGGAAAAUUCCUAUUAUCUCCUCUGAUGUUGAUGUUCACAUAUCUCUCUCCUAUGUUGAGAGCCAAAUAACACAGAUCUGGACCAGUCAGUGA